GAGUUUGGCAGGAGCCGCGGAGCGGAAACUCGACAGUUUGACGCGCGGCUCGGAGGUGGCGAGACCUGUCAGAGUUCAAACGAGGACUCGGAGAAACGGAGAACGUCACCCCGGAGACCAUGGACAAGAGUAAAACUAAGUUAAAGCGAUUUUUGCCGCGGUUAACGUGAUUUCUGUCUGUUUUAAUCCGCCGUGAACCGCCGCGCGCGCAGGAGUCAUGGAGCGCGCGGAGCCGAAACCGCCAUCUAAAUCGAAUCAGGAACCCAUACGGUUCGGGAUCGACCAGAUUCUGGGCUCUUUGGACCAGGAGAGCAGGGUCGGGCACGCUGUGGAUAUCAGCCGCUUGGGAAGCCCGUCCAGGGCCAGCGUCGCGCCUCAUGUCUCUCUGCCCGUCUCUCUGUCCGGAGUCGCGGGCGCGCUGGAGGACUCCGGGAGGGUGUACGGGGUGAGCGGCACUCUGGUGCCCAGUGGAGUGAUUCGGGUUCCGGCGCACAGACCUCUCGCUGGAGCGGUGCCGCCGGCUAUAGUGAGCUCCGCGCCGGCGCUGUGCUUCCCCUGGAUGGACAACAACCGCAGGUUCCCUAAAGACAGGCUGCCAGCUCUCAUUCCCUUCACCGUGACCCGGCGGAUCGGUCACCCGUAUCAGAACCGAACUCCCCCUAAACGGAAAAAGCCCCGCACGUCGUUCUCGCGCGUGCAGAUCUGCGAGCUGGAGAAGCGCUUUCACCGGCAGAAGUACCUGGCGUCCGCCGAGCGCGCGGCCCUCGCCAAGAGCCUGAAGAUGACCGACGCGCAGGUCAAGACCUGGUUCCAGAACCGGCGGACCAAGUGGAGAAGGCAAACAGCCGAGGAAAGAGAGGCGGGACGUCAGCAGGCCAAUCGGAUGCUGCUUCAGCUUCAGGCCGACGCCCUCCAGAAGUCCAUGAGCGAAUCGGUGUCGUCGGAUCCUCUGUGCGUGCAUAACUCCUCCCUCUACGCUCUCCAGAACCUCCAGCCUUGGGCCCAGGAGAGAGCGGGUAAAAUGGCCCCAACUAACACCGCACUGGCUUAAAAUCACCCCCAAGACGCUGGAAACAGGACAGCGAAGCUCAACCGCCCUGCACUUUCAGAACGGAAAGACUAAACCCGUCGCACCCGAACACGAAUCAGGCUUUUUGAACAGUGUCCUUUCCUCUAAAUCUCAAAGCAUCUAAGCACUUUUUGUGGGAACUGUAAUGACAUCGAAGAGCGAGUGAGUAGAUGCUGCCUCGAAAAAAACCCAGUGACUGUCAAUCAACCUGAAUCGCAGAUUUGUAUAUAUACGAACUGUUUAAAUUCUGUCUGUGAGAAAGUCUACAAGAUAUUGUACUUAUCGUAAUUAUUUUGUGCUCUUAUGGUGGCGACGCAUUACCGACUAAUGUUUGUCAGUGUUGACGUACUUUCAACCCGGAAAAGCAAUGGUGUGUAAAUACAGCAUAACACCGAGCAAUCCACAUUAUGCAUUGAAAAUUUUUUAUUGUUAAAUAGUUCAUACAACAUUCCAACAAGAGGAUAUUCAAGCUUCCCGUCUCCUCCAUCUGUCUGUCUGAUUGACCGUCUGCGUCUCCGUCUCCUCUUUUGCAACAUCACGGAAACGUAAUCGUCCCUCAGUCGACCCCCCCGUACUUUAAUACGCAGCUUUUACGUGACCCUCAGAGACACUGCGUUCGAGUAUUCAGGCUUACUUCGCAGAGUAUAAAAUAUACAACGUGUGUAAUAAAUCAAAUAUCAUAUAUUUUAAACUCAUCAUGCUUUACCGGCACAGUGAUUGUUCAAAAACACACCAGGACGUGAUCGGAAAUGAGCAGAAAAAGAAUGAAAAGAGCAUCGGUGUGGCGAUCGGAGCAUAUCGGGGUCUGCCAGGACUGUUUGUGAUCGGGAUAAACACAGGGUUCAACUUUCAACAGACUUUUAAACGUGAUGGCUUAUGUUUCCUGGCACUAAAGUAUUUGUUCGUGUGUGUGUGUGCGCAUAUGGGUCAAAAACAUCGAGAUGUCCACAUCAAAAGAUGGUUACCACAGAAAGCACAUUAAAUGUAAGUCAAGUGUCUACUUUUAAGGUUUCAAAUAAGUAUAUAAAACUCAUUUAAAAUGUCAAAAUUUGGUCGAAAUAAUGUUACAUUGUCAUUCAGUGUAACGCAGUAAUUUUGUUCAAGCAACGCGCUCAUUCUGACUUGUACAUAUUAAAAUAUAUAAAAGAAUAAGGAA